AAGCGAAGCGCGGGCGGUCGUUGGAACCCGGCAUCCACCCGGGGGCGGGCAAUGCUAGGGUAGACAGAUAAUAAUUACGUAUGUGUUGUACUGCUGUGUUUUCUUUCCUUUUCCUCGUAACUAGCUUUCGUAUCAAUAAGGAACAUUUCCGGUGACAGCUUGGACUUGCGUUGCGCAGUUAAAGUAUAUAACAUUGUAGAACGUUGCCACAUUCGGAACCCGUUGGCGCGAAACUGUAUCUUCGAACGAACGUAACAUGUCUCUUGCGUGCGCUAUAAAUCGGACUUUUCGUCACCUUGAGAGAUAGCAACACCUAAAUGGGGAUCGCAAUGUGAAACCUCCGCAAGCCUUGGCCAUCUGCGAGCUCGUUAUGUCUUCUCGUACUGAAGCUCGCCGGAUCCUUGCAGUGAGCAAAAAGAAAACAGAUGGCCAGCGGUACUCCAGACCACUCGAGAACAAAAAGUUCUAUCUUCACUUCAAGAACCGUCGACCUCCUCCCCAACUCAGCCAAGACCUCUCGAGUCUGGGAGCUAGGGUAGAGCCAUUUUUCGGGAAGGACGUCUCGUGCGUCAUUACUGAUCAGCAGGAUCUCAGGCCUGCUUCAACACCGCCGAAGCCAAAUUCGGUGGAUUCCAGUGGCCCAUCCACAAGUCCGUCUGUUUUUGCCGGACCUUCUACAUCAACGGCGCGAUCGAGUGAUCUGAAGAGUAGUCGUCACACAGGUCGAGGACAAGCUCUUGUCCAAAAGGCGAUGCAAAAUGCGUCUGGCUCUACAGAUGUUCUGGAAUUGUGUCGACAGUGGCAGAUAGAGGUCUGUUACAUUAAAAGCUUCCUUCCGUGGCUGCAGAAGCUCAAGGAGAAAUCCCUGUUGGAAAGUGCAAAACAUGGGAAAGAAAAUGCAAAAACAAAACAAAAAUCUGACCUUCCCCAAAAGAUUGUACCACCUUUCAUCAAAAUAGAGGACAUGCAGUGCGUGUUCAAGCCACUGUAUCGGAGCCUUAAACAGUGGCCAGACGUCACUGCCGAACGUUGCCAACAGAGGGUACCUAAGACCAAGGAAUCUGCCCCUGUGCCCAAGGAACCUGCACCUUUACCCAAGGAACCUGCUGAACCUGUUGCUGACAGUCAUCUAAAAGGGGUUCUGCUGAGGCCAGGCACAUCAAAAGUAGCACCCCGGGUCAAGGUCACUGAGCAGAAGAAGCUAAAUUGUGAAAUUUGUGGUUGUUCCUAUAUCUGCCUACAGAAACACUUGGAAUCUGAGAAGCACCAGAAGUUCAUGCAAAAUGCUAACAACUUCAGCAUCGUCAGUGACAUCAUUUCUACGCUCCCGUGCACUUUGCCAAAUCGUCUGGCUCAUCCUUUGUCGGAGAUAAAUGGUCAAGACUGGUCAAUGGCAGGCCCUGCCUUCCCAUCGACCUCCGGUGAUGAAGAAAAUGUGCUCGGUCUUACUGCAGGUCGGCCCUGGUCGUCUCCUCCUCAAGCGGUAUCUGUCAUAAAGGGCCAUCCUGGUGCAGUCAAGCAGUCUGGAUUUUCUGGCACCAUCUCUGCCCUCCGGCAUCUGAAAGUUACGCGCAAGAAAUCUGUCCCCAUUGCUGAAAAUCCAGAAGAGGCGUCUACCGCUGGUGGCUCACGUCUGAGGAAAAGGCCCGCAACAUUUUCUGAUUUUGAGACUCAGGCCGUCGUGAAGGGCGCCCGAAUGUUGUUGUGUUGCAGUGACUCGUGCAGCAAGAAAGAGGAAUGUGUCCCUCCCAGCUUCUCAUCCGAACCCAGUGGAACGACUAACAAUCUCUUGGUUGGCUUCGACAUUGUGGGAGGUCAUCCAGGAUGCACAUCUGUCAAGAGUGCUGGAAACUUUGUCCACAACAUGAGUGAAGUUUUUGACAAAGCAUCGGAAAGCUUAUUCAGCGACAGUUCCACAAUGGAAUAUUCGUGGACCGAUGUUGUGAGUGGUGUUGUUCCUGAGCCCACCCUGUCCAGAAGACAGUGUGAUGCCUCAUCAGAUCCAGACAGUGAUGACAGUUUUUUGCAGUUUGUGUCUCGUGCCAUCGCUGAAGAACAGCCAAAAACUAGUUGUGCUGCAGGAAAAAAUACACUCAGAUCAAGCACAGCCAACGGUGAGGGCUUGUGUUUGGGAAGUGAUGUACAUACUGCUGUUGAACCAGAGCCCGUGACAAUGCGUUUUUAAUGCAUGUAGAGUUGACUGCUGUGCAAGUGCAUGAUUAACUUAAAUUGGUUUGGUGCAAUUCGGUUAGAAGUAGAACUUGCACGGAUGUGGUGGGUUGAUGUAAAGAAUCUUUGUUUUACCUUUUGAACUUGUGAAGUGUGCACUUGUGAAGCUCUGAAAGGAGCAACUGUUUUUCAUUCAGUCAGAUUAUUUGUAACUUAUUCCUUCCUUUCAUGAUGCACGAAACCAUCUCUGUACAUAAAUUCAUGGGCAAUAAAGUAUUUUUCAUGA